AUGGAUCAGUGCGUGGAAUAUGUCUACAUCCUCUCAGCCAAUUUCACACAGAGGAGGCGCGGUGUGGGCGGCCGACACAAGCCGUUUCCCCCGGACGACGGGGCCCAUCCCUCACGGAGCGUCUCUCUGUCUGCAGCUGAAGGUGUGGAGACAGACACAGACAGAGGCACUCUACUGCUCCACUGGGCCACAGAACUAUCCUCUCCCCUGGGGACCCCUCAUGUUGGGACUCUAGGUCCUUAUCUAAAAGCCAAACACUAG